UCAUUUUCGAUGUAGUUUUCAUUUCUCUGCAUUUGUCUGGUUGUGCUUCGUGUUUCAAGUGCACUACGGAAGAUAUUGAUAAAAAUUUGUACAAUUGGUGUACUAAUUGAGAAAAUGUGUAUAUGAAAUUGAAAAUUGCAAUUGUGCGUCAUAUAAAUCAAAAGUGAAGUGAUAAAGUGUAGCUUGGGAAAUGUGUGGGACCUUUUAUACUGCGUUUGAGAUAGCAGAGAUAGCAGCAACAGCAGCAGGGAAAAUAAAAGCAGAGAUUUAUGUUCGCAACAGUGAACGUCGCUGUCUAUAAUUAUUAAAGGCAUUGUUUUUGGAGGGGAGGUGGGGUAUACGUCGCCGGAACUUGCAGCACUAGCACUUCCUUAAAUGCAACAACAACAGAAGAAGCAGCUAAAAUGGAAUGCUCCCAAAUUGAUUUAUAUGAGUUUCUAACAGAAGCAGAAUUGCAACAUUAUUAUAAUGCAAUCAAAAAUGAACUGAAAAUUACAAAUGCUGCCCACGUCAAAUAUGCGACUGACGAAGACCUCAAGCACAUUGGACUGUCUCGCCCAGAAAUACGUCGUCUGCGCAAAUACUACGAGAAGCUCUUUCCACAUGGCUAUCUGAGUAAAAUAAAGCGUUUACUACAGGCGCCUGCCACAAUCGUCAAGCGUGACGGCGGCGAUGGCAGUACAACACUUUCAAAUGCAUCAUUGCAUAGCGCGGCGGAGUCGCCUUCUACAGCGCGCACCGCCAACUCACCCAGCAAGGCACCAAAUAAUAAGCAUAUUAUACCAGCCGAUUCUAUAACGGUGAAUAAACAACUGGGCACUGGCGAAUUUGGCAUAGUACAACAAGGCGUAUGGACCAAUGGCACGGAAAGGAUACAAGUUGCUAUUAAAUGCUUGUGUCGCGAGCGUAUGCAAUCGAACCCUAUGGAGUUUCUGAAGGAGGCCGCCAUAAUGCACUCUAUUGAGCAUGAAAAUAUUGUACGUUUGUAUGGCGUUGUUUUGGCCACAGACUCUUUGAUGCUAGUUACUGAGUUGGCGCAUUUGCGUUCUUUAUUGGAAUGUCUAAAAGAUCCCGGUUUGCGCGUAAGCUUUCUUACAAUUCCAACGCUUUGCGAAUUUGCCAUGCAAAUCUGUAACGGUAUGCGUUACUUGGAAAAUAAGCGUCUUAUACACAGAGAUCUUGCUGCGCGAAACAUAUUGGUUUUCAGCAAAGAUAAGGUUAAAAUUUCCGAUUUCGGACUGUCACGAGCUUUGGGUGUAGGCAAAGACUAUUACAAGACAAAUUUUAAUGUCAACCUAAAACUUCCUAUUGCCUGGUGUGCACCCGAAUGCAUCAAUUAUUUGCGUUUCACCAACGCCUCAGAUGUUUGGGCUUAUGGUGUUUGCCUCUGGGAAAUGUUUUCCUAUGGAUUUCAACCUUGGGCUGCACUUACCGGGUUGCAGAUACUUGAAGCUAUAGAUGCACCAAACUAUCAGCGCCUCGAGCAACCUGACUGCUGUCCGCAGGAAUAUUACACGCUCAUGGUAAAAUGUUGGCAAGAUGAUCCCGUAAAACGUCCAAAGUUCACGGAAAUCUACGAGCUACUGCCCGACAUGAAGCCCGAGCAGUUGAAAGCGGUUGUGCAUUGUUUGGAGCCCAAGAAGGAUCAUUUACUGUAUCGACAAGGCGAUAUCAUAACAGUACUUGACCGCAAUACGGGCACACCGUUUUGGAAGGGUGUACUUACAUCGGGAAAGACGGGAUUUUUCAACCCCUCAAAUACUGUUGCUUAUUUGGAAGGUUUACCCACUGCUAACCGGGACUCAUUUUGUCGCACCAGUGAACGCAUUAGCAAACGCAAAUUACGCACAGAAAUGAUAUCAAAGCCGCAGAAUGAUUUCAAACACACCGGGCAUGUAGGCAUCGAUGGUGACUCGUUCGGCGAUAUAGCUUUUCUUGGCAAUUCGCAAAAUUACAAUCAUGUGCCACGGCAAAUCGUUACACCUUAUAAGCCAUCGGAAGAUAUCGAGCAAACACCACUUUUACUGCCACCGACACCAACCAGUCCCGAUUCCUUACAAACGGCUAGUGGUUAUUUCCCCGAAGAGGGCCAUGGCACCUCAAUGAACCCCACAUUUAUAUCCUCAACGGAAAACACACCCAAGCAUUUCAAUACGGGCAAUGGCGGACAGUCAUCGUUCGAAUUUCCUGGUCAACAGUCACUCAGCAAGUCUUUCAAUCCAUUUACCCAUAAGGGUGACGAUGAAGUUAUGCGUAGUGGUGGCACACUCGCUAUGCAAAACAAUAAUUACGGUCUAGAUAGUCAAGGCUUCCAAGGAGACAUAGCUGCAGGUAGUUCGCAGCAAUGGCGUGACGCCGGCAAGAAUGGCGGCAGUAGUGAGGAUCCACAUGAAUACCAUGAAAUUUCCGAUGACGAAAUGACUGCUGACAAAUUAGACUUUGGACCGUCACUGCUGGAUGAAAUCAACUCUAUGUUUGGCUCCAUGAGCGCCAGCACAAGUGCGGCCGCAUCGAAAUCGUCCGAUUUUGAGCACACAAACAAAAAGAACGAAUUCGCCGAAAUCACUUCGAAAUUGGUGGGCAAAAGUGGUGAUAGUAGCAGCAGCAAGUUCGGCACAUCCUCGAAGAAGAAGUCAUCGGGCACUGUCAAACCCAUAUCGGUGAAAGAUGAGCGCAUUUUGAAUCAAGCGAUCGAAAUCGCUAACGAAAUCAGCGCGAGGUCCAUGAAUGAUUUAGUAUGCGACCAAUCGUCCAAUACACAAAGUCCAAAACGCAAAUUUAGUUUCCGAUUUCCGCAUUUAACGAGUAGCGGCAGCAAUGCCAGUGACAAGGCGUCUGGCGGUAAUUCCUCGCCGACAGCUGGCAGCGCGAACGCAAAUGCAGCAGGCCAAAAGUCCUUAUCGCCGUAUUCGAAGAAGAAAAACUUCACUGAACAACUGGAGAGCAUACCCGAUUUACAGCGAUUUCGCUCCUUAAGUGAAAUUAAGAAUGUUAACGGCCCCGAUUUGCGUAUACCAAUUUUCGAUAAAGAAAGUUCUGAUUUUUGUUUUGAAAAAUCACGUGAAAUAUUAAGUCGUCCAUUAAGUUUAGAUCCACCGCCGUCCCUAACUCAAAGCACCACAUCGCCCCCUUCCGCACUCGAUUCGCAAUCCCAUCGCUCUGUGCGAAAUCAAAAAAGUAUCAGCGAGAACAUUAUGGAUAUCGAGAAUACGUUGAAGGCGCUUAAUUUGGAUUUCAUGCACACCUACACGGAAUUGGACAAAACCGACUCGGAUGAGACCUUGCUGAACGAACAGUUCUCCAAUAUCGUAUCGUCGAUCGAGGAUGAAAUCAGUAGUGCCACCGGCAGUCUCAAAUCCGCUAUCUACAAUUAUAGCAAUGGCGUGCAGACAAUGUUCGACUUCAAUGCCGCGACCAGUCAUUUGGACAAGCACUUGCAGUAUAUCAAUACACAGAGCCAUGCGCAGGCGCAGUCGGCACUAGGUGAUCUAAUGCAGGACCAGAAAGUGGCCGAUGACAAACGCUCCAGCACACCGGACACGGGGUUUGCCUCGCGUGACACGAACAUCUCGCUUUCGCGUCGAAGCAGCCAAAAGUCAAAUUAUAGUCCACAGGAAAACUACUACAGUCCCAAAGAAACAGCGACGUUGGGCCCCAGCGGCAGCAGCAGCAGCUAUAUGACACAUAGGGAUGACAGCCUGCAGCUUGCAACAGAACGCUUCAGCGCCACGAAAUACGGCAACUGCGUUUCACCAAAUAAAACGUCUGCUCUGAAUGCGAGCAAUACUUCGGUGUACUCCAGCAAUCAGCUGAAGAGCAGUGCUUGCGCUUUGGCCAUUGUCGAUGCCGAACAAUAUAAAGAGAGUGGUCACCGUCAGCGCUCCAUGUCUUUCACCGACAAUCCCAUGAACCCCAUCUCGCCGGUGCUGUCCGAACCACAGCAGCGCUUGAAACGCCGCUCUACGCACUCGGCUAUGGAGAAUCGCACUUCACACAAUCCGCAUGUGCGCAGCGCUUCAUCUUACAAACCGCGUUCCAUACGCGCACGCACAUUGCGCCGUCUCAGCUACAAUCCCAUCAUAUUGGACUCGAGCUCAUCCAGCGAUGAUGACCCGAUAAGCGAUUGCAAUCCCAGCAUUGCGCGUUCGGAGUGCGACAUACGCGCGCGUGUCUCCUCACUCUACCGUCGUCGCCGACCAGCAAGCGGUGGCAGUGUGGCUGGCAACGGUGUAGCACAUAAAUUGCUGACGCCGGGCUGGCAGGACGAUGACCCGACGGAGUUGACCACGGUAUCGCAGAAAAAGUUGUACGGUUCAAAUGUGAGCAUAAAGUCGGCGCCGCACUACAAUUACGGUGCGCGCGGCAUGUCGCAUCAUUACAGUCGUCAGCUGGAGGAACAAUUUGCCUACGAAGACCGUAUUUAUGACUUUGGCGGUGGCCGUGGGCCGGGUAAUAAUUAUAGCGGCAGUGUAGCGCCCACUAUGGGGGGUCUCACAAGAGGUAUGGACAUGAAUGGCAGCAGUGGCCGCGUUGGUAAUACCGUAGUUGGUAUGGGUUUGGGUGGUGGCGGUGGCUCCGGUUCGGGUUCAUCCUCGGCUACAUCAUCGGCGCCACCAUACAAUAGCGGCGCGCCUAUCACCAGCAUGGGAAGCGCUGGUGAACGUAGUUUUAGCGCGCUCAGCGGCAUCAGUGCGCGUAACGCAGUCUUCCAUGAAUUCGAUGUCAGUCGUUUGACCGGCAAAAGUCCCACUUCCAACUUCGCCAAUUCGUCGCCAGAGGAGCGUAACCGCGCACAUCCCUCGCCGCCCAAGUCUUUGCCGCUGCCACCGUUACCGCUGUUGAAUGCGGCAGCGCCAGCUGCAGGACCUGGCACCGCAACGUCACUGCAGAAGAGUUUAGGCAGCGCCAAGCAGCAAAUGGAAUUCCACUGGCCGGAGAAGAUACACGCGUCAACGGUGAAGCAGAAUGAGCUGCUUUGGCGACAACAGCAGCAGCAGCAACAACAACGGCAGCAAAGCAAAACGUCUGCCAAACAUCAAUCACACAACGCGUUCUUGGGCAGCAUGCGCGUUAGCAGCGCGACUGCCGGCGUUGCACUGGGCGGCGGUGGCGGCAUGCCAGGCGAAGCGUCCUACACGAGCGACAGUUCUUCCAGCGAUAGCGAGGAGUUCGCUUUUCGCACCGAGUUCAUACCUCACAUACCACCAAGCCCAGCUCCAUAACUAAGAAAAAUGCUGAGAUAUUUUUUUAAUUUACUUUUCGGCAAUGUGUUGGACGAGCAGCAUUAAGCCGAAGAAGUGUUGAGAAUUGAAAGUACAGUAAUCUGAAGAAUUGAAUUAGUUAUAAGCAAUAUAAUACCUAUUCAAAGCAGUAUUUUAUUGUUGUACAAAAACAAAAGUAUAUGUUCUAAAGCAACGAAAACGCUACCAUAGGAAUGCUACUUGUUGCAACAGCAGAAAACUUUGAAAGGCCUCAAGCAUAUAUGUAUAAUUAAAUGUUACAUGGCAGCGACUGCUGUUAACCCUGUCACCUGUGACCGGUCUCAAUCGUUGCUUUCAGAAUAAUAAGCACUAGUUGGGCAUGAAUGUUGUUGGCAGUGCCCCGAGAUUAUACAAAUCUUAUAUAAUAUGAUGUUGAAGGGAGAAUAUACAUAUACAAAUGCGUAUAUUUUAAUUUAUGCAGAAGGCAAAGGCUUGUAAUGGCAGCAGCAGCUGAUCCAGGUCCGUCACUGCGAAGCUUGUUGUUUGAUUUUGGGAAUUGUUGCCGAAAUGUUUAUUGAUAAAAUAUCAACAGCAGCGCAGAUAAUUCUUAACAUAGGGAGUGCCUUAUCGAAAGUAAUUAUUUUCUGCAUCAAACGCACCCACACACACAUACACUCACACAUUUUUGCGCAGUAUUUUUUGUAUUGACAUCUCGUACGUUUUUCCACAACUUCCGCAGCUCAAACUCUGAUCAAAUAAUACAUACGUGCAACGUGCAACAAUAAGUCAUGAAAUUGCGAAUUUAUGUCAUCGUCACCCAUUAAUAAUAUAACAUACACACAUGCAUACAUAAAUGUGAAAUGUUCCCUAAUGCAAAAACAACUACAAUGCAGACUUGCAGACUUUUUACGCGCAACAAUCAAUAGCUUAACGGAUUUUUUACAAAUCAUAUUUUUUACAAUUUAUAAAUUUGUUUACCAAAAACAAGAAGCGAAAGCGAAGCUUCGUGAAAACAAUAAUCUUUAAACUGCGAAUAAGAUAAACAUGUUGAGAAUUGAGCGAAAAAUA